GAGAAGACCAAUGGCUGUAUGUUUCUGUCCGGCGUAUCGAUCGAGGAGUCAAAGCCACGCAUCCACCACCCCUGGCCUCAUGCAUGACCGUCCACUUGGUAGCUGCAUUCGUGCUGCAUUCGUGCUGUUCAAGUCUCAAAAUAGACCGAUGUAUGAAUGGGAGUAUCUUCAGCACUAGCCUCAAUAGAUGUCUUCUCAAGCUUUUCAAGCCUUCCGGCGAGGAUCUUCCCACUUUUUCAAGGCGUAGGCAUUCAAGACGCAAGCCUCAUCGGACCCACCAUUUGUGGCUCCGAGCGCAGUCAAAAUCCAGCCUUCCGCCUGAUUACUCCUUAGAUGGCUCCCAAUGCACUCGUCAUCGAUGCGGAAAUUGUGUUUCGAAACUCUCAUCCGAUCAUUAAACUAUUUUGUGGCUUGCAUCCUCGUCACCCUUUCAUCGUCUGACCAUUACUACCCACAGACGCGGAGAUUGGGGAAACAAGAAGCAAAGUUGUUUCUUGAGAGUGAACACUUGUUUUCAAUCUGGGAGGGUUCUAGCAGAAGCCUUUUGAUCCGAAAACCUUGAGUUCAUUGCAUC